AUGCCCCACGCCGCCAGCCCGUCACCCGAACCCCAAUCCACCGACUUCCCAAACACAUCCCUCUUCGUCAACGACGGCCCACUCCUCGGUGCUGGGCAGCUCAAACCCUCCUCUCCUGAUCUCCCACUCGAUGAGCUCCGCCGCCGCUACGAGACUGACGGCUACCUCUUCCUCAAAGGCGUGAUACCGCGUGCCGAUGUUCUCAAGGCACGCGAGCAAUACUUUGAUUUCAUCUCGCCAUCUGGCGUACUAGCGCCCAACACCGCACCCGUUGAUGGGGUUUUCGACGCCUCCAAAGACAAAGACAAAUUCCCCGGCCUAGGCGCAGGGGCCGUGGGCGGCAAUGCUCGGCCAGGCGAUCAUACCGCGACUUUCAUAGACCGUGCGCUGGAAGCACAUUAUCAGAAUUGGUAUCGUGAUGAGUUCUGCAAACAUCCUGCGCUGUACAAUUUUGUGGCAAGGUUCUCGGGGUGGGGGGAUAAUACGCUGGGAGUGCGGCGGACGCUGCUGAGGAAUAACAUCCCGGGCACCAAGGCGAUCGGUGUCCAUUAUGAUCAGAUCUUUCUGCGGUAUGGGGAACCGACUAGUGUGACGGCUUGGGUGCCAAUGGGGGAUAUUGACGUGCAGGGAGGUGGGCUGAUCUAUCUGGAGAAUGGACAUAUCCUUGGCAAGGAGCUCGAAGACGAGUUCACCACCAAAGCCAAAGACUCGGGCUUCACAGACGAGGAGGCCAAGUACGCCUUCAACCGCAACAUGAUGUCCUCCGGGAUGCUUGACGAAGGCCCGGCGAGGUGGGCCAAGAAGUACGAUAAGCGCUGGUUGGUCAGCGCGUAUGAGGCGGGUGAUGUUGUGCUGCAUACCCCUUAUACGAUUCAUGCCUCGACGAUCAAUCACGACCCGAAUAAUAUCAUUCGAUUGGCUACGGAUUUGAGGUUUGUCGAUUCGAGCAAGGAGUGGGACAAGCGGUGGGCGAAAUCUUAUGCGUUCAAUGAUGGCGCCUAG